UGUUAACAUUGAUGAACGCGUCAUGGGGUCGGCCGCUGGAUGGAAUGAACACAGCCUGGGCACGGGUUACAAGGUGGGAGCUGCCUGCUAGUGUUCCUAGUGUUGCUGCGGCUGCCGCUCCUUACUCAAGGUACGGCCAGCGGUCCUCAUGGAGCACGAGGUGACGUGCUCCGUCUGCUCGGAACAGUACGUCUCUGACACCCACGAACCAGUGGCGCUACCCUGUGGCCACACCUUCUGUCGUAACUGUCUGGUCAGACUCCAGACCAACGAGGGCGUCGCUUGCCCCGUGUGUCGAACCCUGCACAACACCAAUCCUAGACAACUUUCCUGCAUCUUCUCCUUGCUACACUUAUCGGAGGAAUUAAAAAAGGACAUGGCAUUGUUGCCAGAUAUGUGCCAUUACCACCAUGAACGUCUCAAGGGCUGGUGUCGGCGCUGCCAGGUGGCGGGGUGUGGGGCGUGUCUGGCUGACCACCGCGAGGCAACUCACGACGUGGUUCCCGUCAGUGUGUUUGAGGCCGACAAGAGUAAAGUUUUGGAAGAGAAGAGGAAUAAAAUUGCCAGUAUUGUUGAAGGCCUGAAAGCUUCGUCAGAGUCGAGGGUAGAAGAGUUGGUAGCCUCACUGUUAACCACGUUCAAGAUUGACAGAGAAAUUGUGUAUUUGGAGUCUGAACUUCUUUGGAAGAGUUUGAGCUUGCAAAGACCCUGUGCCACACACGGUGUUGGGAUAGAGACGAUGUUAGCGCGGGAACACCAGCAGGAUCGUCUACUCACUCUGGCUAAGAAACUCGCUCAUACCUGCGGCUUGCCUAGACACGACGACGAAGACUCCAGUGCUGAAGGACGUAAUGCUUCGGCGGUGCAAAUGUCUCCUGCCAGAGCGCGUCCGUUUGGACCGAGGUUCCCCUGCAUGAUGGGACUGUGUGCUGCCUCGGUGGGCUGGCAACCGCUGAGGCUGAGUGCGAUUCACGAAGGUCGCUGGGCGCAGGUCACUUACGAGGAUGGCAAGAUCUUGGUCUCCGCCUUCACCAACCAGUACUGUCCUGCUGACUUUGUCAUACCGUGGAGAUAUUUGGUAAACAUGCUGCCAGCCCGGCCCAUGGCUUUCCUGGAGGCCAGUGUUGGAGGACGGUGCUUGGGGAAGAUAUUUGUCAAUGUGGCGGACAGCACUCGGCGCGUCCAGCAGUUCCUGUCGCUGUGUCUGGGCACCCUCGGACCCUCCUACACCGACACGGUGCUCCAACAGUGCUCUUCAAUUGUUUCCGGCCACUCUGAAGGCUAUUAUGUAAUCGGGGGCUAUUAUGCAGGCUCAGAUGAACAUUGGAUAGAGUUACUGACGGGAAACUUGGAGAAAUCGAGAGGACUGUGUCGCCGUGGUGUGGUGGCUACAGGAGACCCCGGCGAGGGAGAAGUUACAUGGUUCAUUGUGUGUACUGGCAAGUGUAAUGGCUUGCCUGCUGACGGCGUGGUUGGCGAAACUGUGACCGACCUGGACACCAUAGAGAAGGCGGUGUUAAACAGCGUCCGUGGCCACGUCGUCGUCUCGCGAUGUGGACUCGUCAUACCAACUUCUCCCAGCAGUGAUCCUUGAUCACGAGAGAUGGGUUUCUUGACCAUAUAAUAUCCUUGAGGAUAAUGAACCCUAAAUAUAUUAUAUGAAUAUUCAUUUCCAUGUUAUAGACCAGAUAAUUGACGUAAACCAUUUCUGUAUCAAGAUGAAUACACAUCUUCGGUGCUUGGAAGAUUUGGUGUAUGACAGCACUAUUCCAAUAGUUUUAGUGCAGUGCCAUAAAUUUUAAUGUUACAAAUAAAUGAAGGUGGACUAUAGCUGAAAUUUUGUCAAGGAAGCUAAGUUUGUCAGUGUUAAAUUUUAUUAAAAGCGUUACUAGAUAAUUUAGGAGUAAAUAAAUUAAGGCUGUGUACUCUCAUUUUAUAUAUUUUAUGCUCAAACAUUUUAAUAAAGUUUAGAAAUGAA